AUGGCCGCCGGAGAGAAGAAGUGGGACGCCGCCGCGGAGCGCGACCUCUGCGUCGCCAUCAUCAUGGGCAACCAGGAGGGCCGCACCAACUACAACUGGCCCAAGGUACACGCCUUCCUCACCAAGCUCGGCUACAAGUUCACCAAGGAUGCCAUCUCGCAGCACUUCACCAAGGUCGUCAUGAAGGACUUCAAGGUCCGCCACGGCGAGGAUCCCGUCAAGUCCGGCCCCUCGACCCCCAACAAGAAAUCCGCAACCCCUCGUCGCGCCACGCCCGCCGCCGGUACAGCAGCAGCAUCAGGCACGCCCUCCAAGCGCAAGACCCCGCCCACCAAGGCGGCAGCGGCCAAGUCAGUCGAGCUCGCCUCCCCCGGAAACGACGAAAAAUCGAGCGACAGCGAGCCUCUCGCCAAGAAGCAGAAGAAGCAGAAGGUACUCAAGGCCGAAGCCGUUGAGGAAGAGGCCGCCGAGGCCUCCCCCGCCACCAAGAAGGAGACGUCUAGGGCUGCUCGUGCUCGCAGCCAGACGCUGGCCCCCGGAUUCGACGCUUUCGAGGCUUGGCUGAAGAGCACUGGUAGCUGA